AUGUAUGGGGAGAUCCUGUCUCCUAACUAUCCUCAGGCAUAUCCCAAUGAGAUAGAGAAAUCUUGGGAUAUAGAAGUUCCUGAAGGGUACGGGAUUCAUCUCUACUUCACCCAUCUGGACAUAGAGCUCUCAGAGAACUGUGCAUAUGACUCAGUGCAGGUAUAUUAUGAGCACAUGAAGAUUAGAGAUGGGAAACCAGGGCCAGGAUGGUGGGAUGAGAGGGGUAUAGAUGGAGUGCCACAGAUAAUGUCAGGAGGCCUUCAAGAAAGGAUACUCUGUGGACAGAGGACCAGCAAGAAUCGCAACUCCCCAAUUGUGGAAGAGUUCCAAGUCCCAUACAAUAAACUCCAGGUGAUCUUUAAAUCAGACUUCUUCAAUGAAGAGCGUUUCACUGGAUUUGCUGCAUACUAUGUUGCCGUAGCUGUGGACUGUGGUACUCCUGAACCCAUUCGGAAUGGUAAAGCCAAAAAUCCAGGAGGGGAGUAUCACUGCAGUGGUAAUGGAAGCUGGGUGAAUGCGGUGCUGGGCACAGAGCUGCCGAAAUGUGUUCCAGUCUGCCGAGUCCCCAGUGAGACCUUUGUGGGAAUACAGAGAAUAUUUGGAGGAUCCGAAGCAAAGAUUGAAAAUUUCCCCUGGCAAGUUUUCUUCCCAAAGCCACGGGCUGGUGGAGCUCUCAUUGACGAGCGCUGGGUGCUGACGACCGUUCAGGUCAUGGAGGGAAACCAGGACCCAAUGCUCACUGCUGAGCGUGUGAUUAUUCAUCCUGGCUGGGAAUUCCUGGAUGACCCAGAAAAGCGAAAGAAUUUUGACAAUGACAUUGCAUUAGUGCUGCUGAAAGACCCAGUGAAAAUGAGACCCACUGUCUCUCCCAUCUGUCUGCCAGGCACUACCCCAGAAUAUAGCCCCUCAGUGGGAGACCUGGGACUGAUCUCAGGCUGGGGCCGAACAGAGGUAAAAAAUCAUGUUAUCCGACUCCGAGGGGCAAGGUUACCCAUAACUUCCUUAGCAAAGUGCCAGGAGGUGAAGCGGAAAGAUUCCAAAGUGGAUAUAGGGAAGUACAUUUUCACUGAUAACAUGAUCUGUGCUGGAGGUGAGAAGGGGGUUGAUAGCUGUGAAGGGGACAGUGGUGGGGCCUUUGCUAUGCAAGACCCCAGUGAAGAGGACCCCAAAUUCUAUGUAGCUGGCCUGACAUCCUGGGGCCCCCAGUGUGGGACUUACGGGAUCUACACAAAGGUGAAGAACUACAUUGAUUGGAUAAUGAAGACUAUGCAGGAAAACAGCGCCCCCAGUAUGGACUAA